CCGCAUCUCGGUCAUUCAUCGAUCUCGUUUUUUCAUGCUUUUUUUUCCCCCAUUUUUUUCCACAAAAAUUUCCUUCCUCUUCGAUCUCUAUCUGCAAGGGUCUUACCGAGGUUUAUCCAUUUUUCUCCAUCAAUGUUCUUUCACCAUUUGUGUUUGAAUUCUUGGAUUCCCUCCAUGUCGCUGACCUUUCUGUAAACCCUAACGAUCUUCUUCUUAGGGUUUCAAUCUCGUUUCUUCAUCCUGGUGUAUCCUCGGUUUCGAAUUCUCUGUAUCGAUUGUAGAUUUCAUAUCACGUAUCGAAAAUCUCGGGGGAGUUCCUGCAUUUCGUGGCAAAUUUUGGAGCUUCUUGAGGCUUACAGGUUCUGUUUGGAGCUAAUUUUAUUUGAAAUUUCUGACGGACCUGUUUCUGCAAUUACGGGUUUCAGUGGGAGGAAAUAUUGUUUUCCCGCGUACUUUAAAGAAACUAUUGGGAUGUUCUUCAAUUUAUUAUGAAUAGAAUAGAAUAGAAUGAGAGUUGCUCCACAUCACAGAUGAGGUUUGGUUGGAAGAUGGUUGAUUAUGGCGGUUAAUAAUGGGGUGAAUCUCGCAGUCCCAGUAAGACCUAAAUGACACGAGGAUUUGAAUAUGAGCCAUGGAGGUGGGAACAUUACGAGAGAGAAUGAAAACCAGGUGGAUCAUAUUAGGAAAACUGGAGCUGAUGAUUUCGGACGAGAGGUGUCGAAGAUUGCAGCAGCACAGAUAUGCCAGAGUUUGGGAUUUCAGGGAUCGAAGGAGUCUGCUAUGGACACGCUUGCGGAAAUUGUAAUAGUAUAUCUUAGUGAUUUGGGAAAGAUGACGAGUUUCUAUUCUAACUUAGCUGGUAGAACUGAGUGUAAUGUGUUUGACAUUGUUAGAGGACUUAAAGAUUUAGAAGCACCAGGGUCUCAUCAAGAUGGUGAGGUUAGCCGUUGUCUUGCAGGUUCACGUAUAAUUCAAGAAAUUUUUGAGUAUGUGAAUUCGGUGCAAGAAAUUCCAUUUGCUCAGCCAGUACCGCGGUUUCCUAUUAUUAAGAGCUGCAAGGUACUGCCAAGUUUCAUUCAAAUGAGGGAAACACCUCCUAGCAAGCAUAUACCCAAUUGGCUACCUGCUUUUCCUGAUCCCCACACUUACAUUUAUACGCCGGUGUGGAAUAAGAGGAUGACAGACCCUCGCACUGACAAGAUUGAGCAAGCAAGGCAGAGGAGAAAGGCAGAGAAGUCAUUGUUAAGUCUGCAGCAGCGAUUAGUAGUUAAUACUGGCAAUCUAGAGGAAGAAGUACUUAGUUUGGAUAGUAACACAUCCCAUGAUACAGAAUUGCAACCGAGGGAAAAUGCUGUUUCUGUGGUCAAAUCUCCUCUUAAACAUUCAGAUAAUAUGUUUGAUGAUAGCAGUUCUGUGUUAGAGGCAUUUGCUCCAGCCAUAGAAGCUGUUAAAGGGAGUGGUUUUUAUGAUGACGAAGACGGUGAGAAGAAGGCUAUUCCCAUUGUUAGGUCUGCUGUUCAGUUUAAGUUUAAAACUGGGAAGAAGCUUCUUGGUGAUUCUUUGGAUUUGAACAUUCAAAAGAAAGGAAUGGGUAGGACAGUGUCCUUUGUUGGACGGGACGAUGAAAGGGAUGAUAAGAAACGAAGAGCUGAAUACAUUCUUAGACAGUCUGUGGAGAAUCCGCAAGAACUCAAUCAGUUGUGAAUAAAUAUAUUGACUGGCGUUCAUAAUUUAAUCUAGGAAUUUUUCAGAGACGCAAAUGCUUGUGAAAAAUUUAUUGAGAAGGUUUCACGUCUCUUUUCAUCUCUCACAUUGUGAUUUGAACUGUUUGUUCUGUUGUUAAGUUGUGAUAUUGAAGCUUUUGCUCCUUGAUUUGUGAACUUCCCUCUGGGAGUAUCAAUCAAGUUCUAAUGCAGGUGUAAGAGGUAUGCCCCCUUGCUUUGUUAAUUAAGAUAAGAGUGCCGUCCAGCAAUACUUCUUUGUUUUUUUAAUAAUUUAGACAUUUGUACUGCCACUUUUCUUGAUACUCGAAUACUGUCAUACUGCUGACAAGAAAGGAAGCCCAUAACGUUUUAUGCAAAUGAAUAAAUUGGCUUGAUCAUGUUAUUUGUGCUUUAUGAACUAAAUUUGCUCAGGAUAUGUAGAUGAUCACUCCUUUUAUUGGGCUCUGGCGUGCGGAUCAAACCAGGUGGAUUUUAAUCUCCCUUUGAGCAGAACUCCAUUGUUCCUUAGAACUCCAUUCUUCCUUUUAUUUGUAGGAUUAAAUAUGAUUCUGUUGGUUGGAAUAUGGACAAUGAUUUGAACAGGUUGUAAAUACUUUUUUCUAAAAUGGUCAAUGAUACGUGAAACAAAAAUGAACGUUCAUAUUAGCAGUUACUCAACCUACGUGACCACUCAAUCACCUUUAUAUGUGAGACUGACUUUUGGGGUAGAAUUCUUUGACUAACUUUAUGCAGAUGCUUAGAACGCUUUUCUAGUUAAACACAAAUUCCUUCUUUGCACUUGCAGCAUGAAAUAAGUGGAAGAAGAGGUUGGUCAACUCAAUCUUAAGGAAACCAAGAAUCCACUGGGUUUGUUUUUGCAAGGUAAGUACUGGUAAGUUUCCAUUCUUCACAAAUUCUGGAUUGGUCAUAUCUUCUUGUCGUCGGAUCUGAUUCCCUGCUUGAAGUUAAAGGCCAUAUUCUUCCUUGUUUUCUUCAUGGCAAAGACAUGAUAAGAUAUUCAUUUCUCUAUUUUAGUGCGUUCAGAUUGAUUUGAGCUUUUUGUGACUUAGAUUCGCCAAAUAUCUUUUGCUCUAGGAAACCUAGUGACCGUUUUUGAAUGGUUUGGUUUGUCUUUUAGAGUAAAUUGUUAGGCUGCAGGUGAAGAAAGAAAGUAAACCGCCUCAGACCUGCAUCAUGAAAGAAGAAAGAUGAGGUAAUGAAUGUACUUUGUAAAUGCAUGGGGAGUUUAAAUAGGUGGAAACUGAAUCCUUAGCACAUUUGUUCAGAAAAAAAUGGCUGAAAUGAGCUUUGGUUGUCGAAGUCAGUAAGAUCUCGCUUCUCACAUAUGCGUGUAUAUUAUUAUUUUUCUUCUUACUGUAAUGCUUAAAUAUUUUGUGUUUGCAAAUUGGAAGCAUCUUUUAUAUUCCUUUUGAUAGGGUCUCUUUUGUAUAUAGCUUUGGAUAUUUCAUUUAUUCGAUGAAGCCGUUUUUUAUCAAAAAUGUAUCUGUAUAUGUGUGUGUAUAUAUGCAUUCUUCUUCCACAUCUAGUCAUAGGACCAUUCUAAUUGUUGUCUGGAAAUUGAUCAUUGAUGUCUCAUUGUUGUCUGGAAAGAGAUUAUUGAUUGAAUUAUUGAAUAUUGGAUGAGGAAAGCAUUUGAUACACAACUUUCAGAAGGUCCCCAUGCAAGUGCAAGCAAGAAAUAACACGUCGCAAAUAGUACAUGUAUAUGGAAAAAGUUCUGUUUUACAAAUUUUUCUGUUUUAAUUGUUCACAGCUUUUACAAUUCGCAUUUCUCUUCCUCCAUUCAUCAAGCUGCCCCCUCCAUUUUGCUAAUGCUUUGCUAUCUAGAUCCUUUACCCUGCUGGAAUGAACUUGUGUCUUUGUAGGGCAAACACCAAGCUUUACCUAGACAACUUGAGACAAAAUAAGCUUAUAGAAAUGUUUCUCGAACUGGGACCAUCAUAACGAUACACUGCUGUUGCGGUCAAGCUUGUCGAUCAUACUGAAUGAUGCCGAGCUGACUGUUGGGAAGUUUAAGUUUGGCCUUGGUGUGCAAACCCUAUGCGUCAUCUUCCCAAGAUUCAAGUAUGCAAUAUUUUGAUUCUGAAUUCUUAUGACUUCAGGCCGAUGAUAUGUAACUAAUUUUAGUUUUCUUGUCGGUGGAGAUGAGCUUGCCUGGUGAUUAUAGUGAUUGAUUUUUGUCUUAAAAACCAAUGAGAAAUGUACUUUGAUUUUAGGGAUAUUCUCAUUGAUAUUUCUAUGGCUUAUACGUGCCUGCAGAUGACAAUUAAACACGUUUGCUUGUAA